CCCUCUCUCUCUCUCUCUCUCUCUCUCUCUCUUUCGUCAUCGUUCGUCUACCAUUCCGAUGUACGAAAUGCGUUCGUCUAGAGAAAUAAUUUAACUAUAUAAUUUCGUAAUAAUUCGAUACUACUUUUACGUAUACCAUGGAUAAUUAUAAAUGACAAUAGUUGGUAGUAUAGGACAAUUCGAGCAUUACCAAUCAGAGGCGUCGGAAAAACGCCGAACAUGGCGGUCGCGACGAAUUCGUUUGAUAGCUGGUUAAGCAAAAAAUUACAAGCACUAAAUACGGACGAGGGUGUUUUCGGAUCGUACAUCAAAGGAAUAUUGGAGGGCGAUGAAACGGAGGAUGAAAAGAUCGAGGCGCUUGAAAGCAUACUCGCGGGCAUAACGGAGGACAAUAUAAGCAAGCACGUAGCCGAAAUCUUAAGCGCUUGGGCAGAAUGGUUACCAACCGAGGAAGUUGCCAGUCCUAACGUCCCUACCGAGGACGUCGAUGUCAGAUUGGCACGUAUGUUGGAGUCGCAGAGCCUUCCUACUACCACUCAAAGAAGUUACACGGAGGAAGAAAGGCGAAUACGCGAAGCUAUAUUGGCCCAGUACAGUCAAAUGUCCGAUGAAGGCGAUAGCGAGGGUGACGGGGAAGAGGACGGCGCAGGGGGUGGAGACUGCGGAAUCGAAAAGAAUUUGAACGCUGCUACCAUAGCGCAACAAGAAAGAGAAAGGAGAGAGAAAGCAAAGUUAGAAAGUCAAAAAAAGAAAGAAAAAGAUAAGGAAGACAGAGAGAAACAGAAGCAAUUAAAAGAGGAGAAAAAAGAGAAGCGCAAGACACAGAAAGGAGAGAGAAGGAGGUAGCACGAUCGUGAAGAAAUCGUACAGUCGCUUCCUCAUUUUAAAACAAGUGGAUCCCAUUAUGGGCUGAUUUACUUAUCCAUGUUUCCUCUUUCGCAUGCAAAAGUCUAUCGUUCAUUAAUCCCUCUUUUAUCAUCGGAAAGAAACACAUGCACGAUUUUUCAAGCGAAUUAUGCGAUGCUUCUUCGUCGAGAUAAUACGUACUUCGUAUCUCUUAUGGCAUAAUAGCGAAUCUUCUCGUGCCUUCGAUCUGUCUGAUAUACACCAUCUUUCGGUAUAACAUCUCUCCAUAGAGACUCUCCUAUCCAUUUAUCCUUUUUCUACUUUCUUUACGAUAUCCACGUUCGUUCGUAUUUCGCGGUCUGCAUUCAGAGCUUGUAUACGAGUAAUAUUCACAGCUCCGUUAAAUUUUAUAGUUAAAAAUUGUUCAAAUUAUCGAUGUAUAUACGUAUUGUACUUACCAGUAUGCAUGGCAUACUGUCUUUUUUCUUUUUUUUUCUUUUUUUUUGAUUAAAUGAAUCACAUAUUUAAUACUGAUAUGUUAAAUAAACUGCUCUAAUCGCUAUAGAGAAAUUUUCUCUGUAAUUGUAUCUCAUUGAAAAUCCUUGCCGUUAAUUGGGAUCAAACAACAAUUCCUCCGUCGUUCGCUAUAAUUUUCUUUAUUAGUAUAUAUUUACACACAAGAUACCGAGUCGAAACCGAGUCAUCUUGGUAUUGCAUUAAUAAUGAAAGACAAACGCAGUAAGAUAAGAACAAACGAACAAAUGAUACAAAAGAUGAUGAUGCUUCAGUAUCGUAUCAUUACAUAUACUUUUCUUUAUACUAAUGUCAUUAUCAUAAUCGUUUAUCGUUAGCAAUUCUCUCUUGUUUGCUAUAAUUAAAGUUGCAGGCAUAAAUUGACGACGAUUCGCACUUACACGACGGUCGUACGCGUAACACAAGGGACCGUCCCGUCGUUUUAACGCGAAAAUUACAAAUCAUCGUGCAUCGUCUCUCGCAGCUCUAUCUCUCUGUCUCUGUCUCUGUCUGUCUCUCUCUCUCUCUCUCUCUCUCUCUCUCUCUCUCUCUCUCUCUCUCUCUCUCUCUCCUUUCUUUUCUUCCUUUUUCGUUUUUCCUCUUCUCGAUUCGUCGACGUUCUUACUGAUACGAACAAGAAAGAAAGAGAAAGAGAGAGAGAGAGAAAAAAAAAGAAAACGAAGGGUUGAAGAUUGAUCAACGACUCAUCGGCAAAUACGAAGGAUGAGGGACAACCCGAUAAAAAGAAGUUGACGGCUAUAAGAAGAAAGAGAAGAGAGAGAGAGAGAGAGAGAGAAAGACAAACGACCUUUAAUCCUUCGUUUUCUCUCUCCAUCAUCUCGUCUUCGAUCAAGGAUCGGACAAACGUUUCGUUUGUUCUUCAAAGACGGAACAACUCGUCGGGAUCGAUUAUUCUACGCGACGCUCGUUCUAAAAAGGUUCGGAUGAAAUAAGCCUCGUUAAAUACGCGCAAAUUCAAAAUGGCGUACAACUACCUCCUAUGAUUGUCCUUCUACUCUCGACGAUGCGCUACUACAAAGUGAAAUGAUUGACGUUCGAAUACGGGUCGCGCAUUUAUUUGUUUUUUUUUUUUUUUUUUGACGAUAUCAUGUUAUCGAAACUCGAGAGAGAGCAUCGAGGGAUGAAAAGGGAGAGUGAAGUUGAUGGUUGGUUGGUAGGAAGUGGUCGUGUCUCUUCGUUCGCCCGACGAUGAUAGUUCGUUUUCUCUCUUUUUACCUAUUCUCCUUAGAACGCGUCACGCAUACAAGUUUUAUUAACUAACUUUAAAAUUGAUAGAUCUAUCCACGUUGUUAACUCGAUAAUUAGUUUUACAAACUGCUUUUUUUUGUUUUUUUUUGUUUUCUUCUAAGAAGAUAUACGCUAGAGCCUUUUACACGCACGCACGCUCGCACGCUGGAGGGGGUUUUUUCAUUCUUUUUAGAG